AUGACUCCCGUCAAGAAGUACAAGGCCGCCGCCGUCAACGCCGAACCAGGCUGGUUCAACCUGGAAGAGUCCGUUCGGAGGACCAUCCACUGGAUCAAUGAAGCCGGAGAAGCCGGUUGCAAGCUGAUUGCCUUUCCCGAGCUAUGGAUCCCCGGCUACCCGUACUGGAUGUGGAAGGUCAACUACCAAGAAAGCCUCCCACUGCUCAAAAAGUACCGCGAGAACAGCCUCCCCUCAGACAGCGACGAAAUGCGGCGCAUCCGCGAAGCCGCCCGCGCGAACAAGAUAUACGUCUCGCUGGGCUACUCCGAAGUCGACCUGGCGAGCCUGUACACGACCCAGGUGUUGAUUUCGCCAGCUGGUGAUGUCCUCAACCACCGCCGCAAGAUCCGGGCUACGCAUGUUGAGCGUCUUGUCUUUGGCGACGGGACGGGCGAUACCACCGAGUCGGUUAUCCAGACUGAUAUUGGCCGCGUUGGACAUUUGAACUGCUGGGAGAAUAUGAAUCCGUUUAUGAAGGCCUAUGCGGCGAGUCAGGGUGAGCAGGUGCAUGUUGCUGCUUGGCCGUUGUAUCCUGGUAAAGAGACGCUGAAGUAUCCCGAUCCGUAUACGAAUGUGGCGGAGGCGAACUGUGAUCUUGUUACUCCUGCCUAUGCCAUUGAAACCGGCACCUAUACGCUUGCGCCCUGGCAGACCAUCACGGCUGAGGGCAUCAAGCUGAACACGCCUCCUGGAAAGGAGCUUGAGGAUCCCAAUAUCUACAAUGGACACGGCCGGAUCUUUGCUCCGGAUGGGCAGAACCUGGUUCCUCACCCUGACAAGGACUUCCAGGGCCUUCUCUAUGUUGAUAUCGACCUCGAUGAAACGCACCUCACCAAGUCGCUUGCUGAUUUUGGCGGGCAUUAUAUGCGCCCAGACCUCAUCCGCCUCCUCGUCGACACCAACCGCAAGGAUCUCGUCGUCGAAGAAGAUCGUGCCAACGGUGGGCUCAAAUACACCAGGACCGUCGACCGAGUUGGUCUCUCGAAGCCUUUGGAUCUGGCCAAUACUGAGCAGGAUGAGUAG